UUUGCUUUGCGUGGAGUGGAUAUCGUCUGUAAUGGAAGUGGCAGUCAUCAUGUACUGGGCAAGUCCAACUAUCGCGUCAAUCAGCUGAUUCUAGGUGGCAGCCAAAAGAAUGGUGGCAUCUAUCUGUACAGUAAUCAUAGAGGUUGCGAUGGCGAUCGCGUCUACUAUGAUGGUGCAUCCACAAUAGCGCAGAAUGGGAAAUUAUAUGCUCAGAUAAAUCAGUUUGAUAUCGAAGACACAUGCGUGGCUACGGCGGUACUAAAUCUUAACGAAACAUCAACUUUUCGUCAUAAGAAAAGCAGUAGCAAUCAUGAGGCUGCCCUUCUUCCUGAGUACUCUACAAUUACCUUCGACAGCAGUCUAACUCUGUCUGAUCCAACUCUACCGUUGACCAAACAGAUUGACAACUUUGAGAAGCUACAGUUGAGUCCUACAGAGGAGCUGUGUCACGGUCCGCCAGCUUGGUUGUGGCAUUAUCUUAGGAGGAGUAGGAUGAGUGGUUACUUCGUACCGCUAUCUGGUGGUCAAGAUAGUUCAUCGGUUGCUGCAAUGGUACGUCUCAUGUGCAACAAAGUCUGUGACGCAGUCAAGCGCAGGAAGGCGACGGAUGGUGGUGACGAUCCUGCGUACUAUUUGAAUGGUGAGCAUGUUGGAGAAGAUCCUGCCGAGCUAUGCAACAAGGUACUUUUUACAUGUUACAUGGCUAGUGAACAUUCUUCCGCUGGAACUAGGGCUUGUGCAGAUGGUCUUGCUAAAGACAUCAACAGCAAUCACUCCAGAAGUCGAAAACUCGCGUUUUUGACCGUGUAG